AUGGCGGAAUACUUACCCGGAGUUCCCCGCGCAGCAGAAUACGCUCUAUCAAAGAGCAUGGGGGCCGAGGACACUGGCGCUCUGCGCAUGCUCAUUGCGAGCGGCAGCGAUGGCGUGAUGUGGAAGGGGCUUAUAGUGCAGACUAAGUUUCAUCAGAUCCUGGAGGGAGACAAAGACACCCGCACCCUGGAAAAACUGUGUAAAUGUGACUACUGUGGGAAGGGAUUCAAUUACCCAUCCCAGCUGGAAAUACAUCAGCGUAGCCACACCGGGGAGAGGCCGUUCAGUUGCUCCCAGUGUGGGAAGACUUUCAAAGAAUCAUCCAAUUUGAUGAAACAUCAGCAAAUUCACACUGGGGAGAGACCAUUUAUUUGCUCGGAUUGUGGAAAGGGAUUCGGUCAGUCUUCCCACCUACUCACCCACCAGCGGGUUCACACUGGGGAAAGGCCGUUCAGCUGCUCCCAUUGUGCAAAGACGUUCACGCGUUCAUCGAACCUGCUGAAACACCAGCGGGUUCACACUGGGGAGAGACCAUUCAUCUGCUACAUUUGUGGGAAGGGAUUCACUCAGUCUUCUAACCUGCUGACACAUCAGCGGGUUCACACAGGGGAGAAGCCGUUCACCUGCUCUGCAUGUGGGAAGGGAUUUUCCCAGUCCUUCCACCUCUUGACGCACCAGCGAGUUCACACUGAGGAGAGGCCGUUCAGAUGUCCUCACUGUGUGAAGACGUUUGCUCGCUCGUCCAACCUGAAGACCCACCAGCGCGUUCACACUGGGGAGAGGCCAUUCACUUGCACUGUGUGUGGGAGGGGAUUCACUCAGUCAUCCAAUCUACUGACACAUCAGCGGACCCGGCCCAAGGAGAAACCGUGGAAAUGUGGGGACUGUGGGAAGGGAUUCAAUUACCCAUCUGAGCUGGAAACUCACCAACGCAGUCACACCGGAGAGAAGCCAUGUAAGUGUGGGGAUUGUGGGAAAGGAUUCAAUUACCCGUCUCAGCUGGAAAUCCAUCGGCGCAUCCACACAGGGGAGAGGCCCUUCACCUGCUCUUUGUGCAGGAAGGGAUUCACAGAGUUAUCCAAGCUCCACAUCCACAUGAGAGUUCACACCGGGGAGAGGCCUUUCCCCUGCUCCGUGUGUGGGAAGGGAUUUGCUCAGUUGUCCACCCUGCUGACACACCAGCGAGUUCACACUGACAAGAGACCUUUUAAAUGUUCCGACUGCGAGAAGAGCUUUAAAAGCAGGAGUGAAGUGCUGACACAUCAGCGCACUCACACCGGGGAGAGACCCUUCACUUGCUCCGAGUGCGGAAAGGGAUUCACUCAGUCAUCCACCCUGCGGAAGCACCAGCGGGUUCACACCGGGGAGAGACCGUUCACCUGCCCUGUGUGUGAGAAGGGAUUCACUCAGUCGUCCAGUCUGGUGGAACACCAGCGGGUUCACACCGGGGAAAGGCCAUUCACCUGCUCCGUGUGCGGGAAGGGAUUCACCCAUUCAUCUCACCUGUUGACGCACCAGCGAAUUCACACUGGGGAGAGGCCGUUCACUUGCUCCGUGUGCGGGAAGGGAUUCACCCAAAGGUCCAGCCUGCUGGCGCACCAGCGACUUCAUACAGGGGAGAGGCCAUUCACUUGCUCCGUGUGUGAGAAAGGGUUCACCCGAUCGUCCAACCUGGUCACUCACCAACGACUGGAAACUCAUCGGCGCAUUCAUACAGGGGAGAGACCAUUCACCUGUGCUGUGUGCGGGAAGGGAUUUACUCAGUCAUCUAUCCUUCUGACACAUCAACGUAUUCACACUGGGGAGAAGCCCUUCAUCUGCUCUGAGUGUGGGAAGGCAUUCAGUUGUUCCUCCCAUCUUGUGACACACCAACGUAUUCACACAGGGGAAAGGCCCUUCACCUGCUCUGAAUGUGGGAAUGGAUUCACUUCUUCCUCCCGUCUUCUGACUCACCAACGAGUGCACACCGGAGAGAAGCCCUUCACUUGCCCUGUGUGUGGAAAGGGAUUCAUUAACUCUUCCCAUCUUCUGACACACCAGAGGGUUCACACUGAGGAAAGGCCAUUCACCUGUAAUGUGUGCGGGAAGGGUUUCACUGUUUCAUCUAGGCUGCUGACUCACCAAGGUAUUCACACUGGAGAUACACCUUUUGCCUGUUCCAUCUGUGGAAAAGGAUUCACUCAUUCGUCACAUCUGCAGAGACACCGGCGUGUACACAUUUAGAAGUGUUUAAUAAUGCUGCUAUUAAUAUGUCCUGUUAUGUGUUUACUUAUCUCACUGUAUACCAACUUGUUCACAAGUGUUUGCAAAUACUUUACUUGCAAGAAAAGUUUUAAAACCACAAAAAAAGUGCUGAAACCUCAAGAGGACAAGACAGGUUGAUGGAAUGGGAAGAUUACAUGACAUAGGAAUAUGUGAGGUCAGAGUCAUGGGGACUAGAAUUCACUGCUUGAAAAGGAUGGUGUAGGUAGAAACCCUCAAUAUUUUAAGUACCUGGCUACCCACUUGAAAUGUCAUAACUUAACAGGCUAAGGACCAAGAACUAGAAAUUGAGAAUAGUAGAAAUAUUUUUGUUUUGUCCUGGCUUGAACAUGAUGCGUUGAGUGGUCUGCACUGUUGUAGAUUUCUAUGACAUGUUUUGGUGGGAAGAAUGAUAAGAGGCCUGUCACGAACCAGCAACAAAAGGAACACACUGAGUCAUGAUUCAGCGUUAAAAACUAUUUUAUUAAUCACUACUUAUGAUAAUAACAAAAAUGAAAGUAAAAAUGUUAGUAUGUUAGAAGUAAAAAUGUUAAACCUUGAACAUUAACCCAAAAAACUAAACUCUUCGUGUGUGUGUGUGUGUGUGUGUGUGUGUGUGGCAAAGUCCCAAACUCCAAGUCCAGGAAUGGUUCUUAAAGUUCAGUUUGGCAAGCCAUAAGGUGAAACAUGAGCAAAGGCUUCUUCAACAACCACCGUUGUCUGAAGAUAAGAUGUAGAUGUAGAGAACAUAGAGUAAUUAUGAAGUCCAAAUGUUCCACGAUGGAACCCAAACGACACCUCAGUGUUUACUUGGUAGUGACUUACUCACGCCGAAAAGCAUCCGACUCGUGGUUGUCCACACAAAUACCUGUUUCCUUCUACAGGUCAGCAACAAAGUGAACUCCACCAGAUUACUUCAGAUUUCCAUAUGUGGAUUGCAGUGACAGACACAGUUAUUGUUUCUCAUCCAUCGAUAGAGAAAACUAGCAGACUGGUGCCUCUCUCCCUUCUCUCUCUCUCUGUCUGACUUUGACUGCCCUCUUCGACAACGUCAUUGCGUCCUUUAUCUUCUGUUGACGUAAGCACGUCACACACACACACACACACACACACACACACACACACACACACACACACACACACACA